UUCAUCAAUUAAAGUAAUUUCUAUAAUAUCAUUAUGUCUACUUUAACGUCUUUAACAUAUACAUUUUAUCAUCUUCCUAACAAAGAGCCAGUCGGACUAUGCAACAAGAUUGUUCAAGGAUAUCUUCUCAAAUGGUCAAUGAAGGAAUGUUUACAUAUUAAUUAUUAUGCGUUCAAUCAAGAAUUUAAAUCGAACGACAUUAACCAGUUUGCAUUGGAUUUUUUUCGAGAUAACAACGUGGCAAAAAACUUGCAGUCAAGUUUCAAUGAAUUUUCAGGAAACAAUGUAGCUAAAGUUCAGACCAAAUCAAUUCCUUGCACUGUCACUUCAAUGAAAUUUUUCGAUAAGCUCUUAGACCCGAAUAAUGGCAUCGUUUGCAACAACGGCACUGGUGACGACGGUAAUCACGCAAUACAUCAGUGUAUGGAAGUAUUAAAAAAUGGCAUAUAUAUUUCAAAUAAACUGAAAAUGAUGCUGUUUGAAGAUGAAUGCGAAGAAUAUUUUUUGUACAACGAAGAUGAACGCGUUGAAUUCAUGUUUCGGCUACUACAACAUUUCUCUAUCGGUGGCCAAUGGUGUCAAGACGACGUAGUUAUCGAACCGUACUUAGACGCAAUAAAAUACAUUUACAAAGAUCUAUUAACUGUUGAAAAAAUUCCCGGGUCUGGAAUACAAGUUUCGUCCAAAAUUUAUCAAGUCGUCGCUUUCGAUUCUAACGACAUAGUUUUAUUCCCAAAAGAAAGCAAACAUCUCAUAUCUUAUAGUUUUGCAUAUUUAGUUGUGAAUCCUAAAUCUCGGACUGUCGCAUUACUUUUUCAUAAUGUCGGUGACACAAUUUAUACUUGAUAAAGUAUUCUUUAUUUAUUUGU